ACUUGUUUACCUCACGGUCCUCACCUCGUGGGGCGGCACACCCACCGGUGAUCCCUGUGUGUGUGUGUGUGUGUGUGUGAGAUGCUGGGGCUGCCGGGGCGUGUGCUGGGGCUCGUCGGGGGAGCGGCACCCCUGCGAGUGUGGGCGCGGGGGCGGAGGGUGCUGACGAGGCGGCCGGUGCGCGUACACGUGAAGGAUGAGGGCGGGGAAGUGCUGCGCCGCUACGAGGAGAUGCUGAAGGGGGCGCAGAAGACGACACAGGGCGCGGAUCAGCCAAAGAGUGCAGGUGCGGAACAGAGCACCAAAGCAGCUUUCGAUGCAGACCCCGACAAGGCGCUGAGAAAUGGCAUCCGUUACAAGCUCUUAGCACAGGCCAAGGACUAUGAGAGAAAGCUCUUGGAAAACACCCAGUCUCGGAAGUACCGCUCCGAGCACCAGCUGUUUGUGGCGGAAGGUUAUCGCAUCAUCCGCGAGGCCCUGCAGCAUGGUGCCACCCCAGAGGCUGUGUAUUUCUCACGUCUCAAGCUUGUGUCAGCGCUCAGAGCCUCGCCGUCCAAGCUGACCCUAGAGGACGUCCAUGCUCUGAGUGACCUGCCGCUGAUCAGGGCGCCCUACAAGACCCUGCAGACCUGGUCCUCGGUCACCACCUCCCCAGGGAUUGUGGGAGUUUUCAAAAUCCCCACAUCAAGUCCAUCCCCUCACACCACCACCGCCUCCACCAAGCAGCCCUUGACGUUGGUUCUUGAUGAGCUGCGUGAGCCCAGUAACCUCGGGGGUGUCUUACGCACGGCUGCUGCUGUCGGCGUCACCCAAGUACUGCUCCUCAAAGGCUGCUGUGACCCCUGGGAGACCAAGGUGGUGAGGGCCGGCUGUGGGGCUCACUUCCGCCUCAGACUAACGCCAAAAGUCACCUGGGACACACUCACCACCCAUGUGCCUGAGGACGCCCAGAUCUUCCUGGCUGAUGUGUGCCGGGCGGAGGACUUGUUGGAGGACUCGAGAGAUGAGGUGGAGGGUGAACUGCAUGCUACAAACACAGACAGACAGGAUGUGAAUAGUCUUGGCAGCUUGAGCGAGAAUCUUUAUGAGUUAGACGAAGAAGGCAACAAAGUACUGGUCGACCUCAGCUAUAACGACCCACAGCAUCUCGAGCUCUACUCCAAUGUGCGUCUUCCUACCCUCAGCUAUGACAGACUGGGGCUAAGGGGGUCUGGAGGAGGAGGAGCUGUACUUGUAAUCGGAGGAGAGACGGGAGUGAGUAACGCUGCUAAGAAGUUUGUUGCGGAUAACUCUGGCAGUAAAGUGACCGUUCCGCUGGCUAAUGGGAUGGACAGCUUGAAUGUGGGAGUGGCAUCAGGUGUCAUCCUUUACGCAAUGCAGAGACAGCUCCAUGAAAUUGCCACUCAAAUGGAAAAGGCGAGAUUUGAAGGUGGAGGAUAAGGGGGUAAAUAUUUCCCUGCGAGACCGUAAGAGCGGAGUGAAUCAUAUGCAGCCAAAGCUCAGAGAAGUUAGUGAUGGUAGUGAUAUGCUGAAAUACCUACAAAAAAGACCCUUAUUCUAUACCGGUACACCAGAUAAGAGAAGUUUCCCACUAACUUUACGAGCACACACAAGCUCCUGAACAGCGACUACAUGGCCUGUGGUGUGGAAGAUCUGUGAGUCAGUGUGUUGGCUCUUAGGGACAGUGUUAUUGUUGAUGUAAAAUAUGUAGUGAAAAUUUAUCUACC